AUGGACGCCAUCUCGGGCCAUGCCCCUGUCAUCCUUGCCCCGUGGUCGCUGCAAAUGAACCUCAACCUCGAUAAGACUGAACACACAAGUGCACAACGCAAGCCCAUCGACCAACAGACCAAACCGCCACGACCACCUGGAGAACGUGCAAGAAACUCGGCACCUACCUCUACGACUCUGCCGAGCUCCAACGCCGCUACACCCUCGCUCGGGCCGGCUUCCACUAUCUCUGGUUCCGUGACGCCCACGUCGCCGAAGCCACUCGCCUUCGCAUCUAUAACUGCUACACCCAACUGCUUCGCGUCGCCGCCAACUGCGUUGCAUCAUUCGUCUCGUCUACCCCAACAGAUCUCCAACGUCGCGCUGUACACGCGAUAUGGGUGUGAACCCCUCCGGCUUACUCUCUUGCGAGCCCGCUUGUCGCCUCUUCGGACGUAUACUCCGCCGGGCGCCUGA